AUGAGAGAUAUCACUAAUUGUCAUGGCUCAACCACAUCAACCAACCAUCACAAACUUCAUAUUUCGAAUGAUAUACCCAAAUCCAAUACAGCAAAAGUGAAUUAUCUCACGAGCCCAAUUGGACCCACUAGAACAAGGGAAGUUCAUCAAGACCCUUUACAUGAUCUUAUAAUGGAAGGUCGAACUAAAUUAUCAAAAGUUAAAAUUACAUUGCCUGAAAAAGAAGAUUUUGAAACAACAACUUCAAUUGCAAAUAAAGAUAAGACAAGCUUUCAUAUAUUUGAAGAUAAGAAUCUAAAUGAUGAUGAUAACAAAGUAACUCCAGGUAAUAAUGAUAAUUCCCAAAUUGAUGAAAGACCUUCAAUGCAAUCAACUCCAACAAAAGUGAAACAACUACAAAAAGAUUCUCUAUUACCUGUCACUCCACCGUCUAUAAAGUCUUCAAAAAUUCAAAAAUUAAAGCAAAAUACGAGUAAGAAAAUGCAACAAAAAAAGUUAAAUAUAUUAGGUCAAAUAAAUCAGACUGGUAAUAAAGAUGACGAAAUAGAUCAGGAAGUUGAAGAUGAUUUAGCUUGUCAUGCAAACCAUAUUUUGAGAAUGGCAAUAGAUUCAACGAUGUUUAAUUCAAUGAAUUCGUCAAUGACUUUACAAAAUAUUACUUUGAAUAACAAUGAUGAGAGCCUUGUAUAUGAAUCAAAAUUUAAUGGGGACGUAAAUUCUCGUAUAAUUGACAUAAAUGACGAAGAAAUAAGAGCUGCUGUCAAUGACUAA